ACGAACGAUUUGAGCCGAGCGAAGGUAGCCCUGCCACGUAAUUGCGGAUCAAUAAACAAAUCUGUGGUGCCCGUAUAAUACAAGUAUUUAACGCCAAAUUAUUGAAAUAAUUGUGAUAUUUAGUAUUCUCAUUUGUUCGUGUGAUAAGUCACCAACUUUUCAACUGUGAACGCGGUACAGUUUAGUGCAUAUUUAUUGGAUAAUAAUUAGAAUGACUUGGGUGAUGUUUCUCAAGCGUUCGCAUGCUCCCCUCUACCAACUUGGCUAGUUGUUCCACGGGCGUCCAUAUUUGUGUAUCUCUGGCUGGCCAGACUGAUAUGGAGCACUAGUGACGAUGCGCGCCCCCACCCCCUCCGAGCCGAAGUCUACAUUUCCUACCUACCAAGUGCCUCAAGUGUCAGCCAUGAGGGGCAGCGCACCCCCAGUACAAGUCGCUCGGGCAGCUUGGGGGGGUCGAGCCGACCCCCCGAGCCAACCCUUCGCCUUUAAAGGCGCUACAUCUGUGAUAAACGGCUCAAGUUGCCGUUCAUUCGGCAACUCUAAUAUUAGAAUGCAAUCUGUGACCGAAAACUGUCUUCUGAACUCUGUUACCGUACCAAAAAUACAACGUAAAGACCACUGCAAGGUCGCCCACAAUAAUAGCGAUAAGUUAGUAUGUAAGUUUGGUGCUUUACCCCUCGGACGAGACAUUCCCAACCAAAAGUCUGAUGACCUCGAAGUACUCGACCUCAAUGCACUGAAGAACCUCACUAGCUGCGAUAACAACGACGAACACUGCGACGACGAAAUGUGCCGUGAGCCCCACGUUCAGCGCACAAGCGAUAAUUAUGCGCCGCCUUUGAGAUUGAGAGGUGGCGGCGAAAGUUCGCUAAGCACCGGCACUUCUGGCUGGGGCACCCCACCCUCACAACAGGCCAGUAAUAAUAAUGCUAACAAUUCGAGCGGCUGGGGAACAGCCAAUCCUGCUAAUCAAAACAAUACAGGCACUCAGCAAUGGAACAAUAACGCAAACCGACCACCGACCUCAAGCCAGGGACCUACGCAAGAUGCCAACAAGGCCAAUUCUAAUCUGAAUUCGAAUGGACAACAACAAACACCCUCCUCACAGCCAAACAAUUCCAGUUGGGGUCAACCAGGUGCAAAACCACCAACAUCCAAUAAUGGACCUCAACCAACAACUUCAACUUCUUCUGCUAAACCACCAAUCGCCACCACUCAACCGAACACGACCACUUCAACCAAACAACAACUUGAACAACUCAAUAAUAUGAGAGAAGCCAUCUUCAGUCAAGACGGUUGGGGAGGCCAACAUGUGAAUCAGGACACGAACUGGGACAUUCCCGGCAGUCCAGAACCCUCUAUGAAAAUGGACGGUUCUGGUCCCCCACCAUGGAAACCGGCAAUCAACAACGGUACCGAACUGUGGGAAGCCAACUUGCGUAAUGGCGGUCAACCGCCUCCGCAGCCCCAACAGAAAACCCCAUGGGGUCACACCCCUUCGACCAAUAUCGGCGGUACUUGGGGCGAAGACGACGAUGCCGACAGUUCAAACGUAUGGACCGGUGUCCCUUCAGGUCAACAACAAUGGGGCAACACUGCAAAUAGUGGUGCUAUGUGGGGCGGUCCUAAAAAAGAGUCCGAAUGGGGCGCAACGGCUGGAAAUCCCGGCUGGGGUGAUCCUCGUACUACUGCCGAUCCACGUGCUACCGGCAUUGAUCCGCGAGAUAUACGACCGGAUUUAAGAGACAUGCGAGCCGGAAGUUCGGAUCCGAUGCGAUUAUUAGAUCCUCGAGAACAAAUGAGACUGGCCGGAAGUGAUAUGAGAGGCGAUCCGAGAGGAAUCACCGGAAGACUGAACGGAGCCGGCGCCGAUGCGUUCUGGGGACAAGCAGGACCACAUACAGGGGCUCAACAUAUUCAUCAUCAGAAUAAAAUGCCGGUGGGACCUGGAAAUGGGGCCGGAUGGGAAGAACCAUCGCCGCCGACACAGAGACGUAAUAUGCCCAAUUAUGAUGACGGUACUUCGCUCUGGGGCAACCCUCAGCCAGGCUCUCACUGGAAAGAUCUGCCCACAGGGGCAAGUAUGGGACGCGGUAGCACCGCUGGUCCACCUGGAAUGGCCCAAUCUCGCAUUAAACCAGAUGGUUCGGUGUGGUGUCACGGCCGAAAUGGGUCAUGGGACGAAGCCGGACCUGGAUGGGACGAAUCUGUUGGCGGUUGGAACAAGCAGAAAAUGGCCGGUACGCAUCUAUGGGGAGACAACGAAAUCGACUGGGGACACAAACAAGGCCCCAAGCAAAAUCUCACAAAAGAAAUGAUCUGGAAUUCCAAGUGUUUCCGAAUGUUGAUGGAUAUGGGAUAUAAGAAAGAGGACGUAGAAACGGCUCUAAGGCGCGGCGACAUGAACUACGAAGAUGCCCUUGAGAUUUUGGGAUCUCGUAAUCCAGACGGUUGGCGAAACCGCCACGAUGACCACUAUGAUCAUCAGCAAUUCCCUGGUCAGCGAUUCCCAUCGGGACCUCCGGGACAAAUGUUCCCACAAGGCAACAACGCUCCCAACCUCCUCAAUAACAUGAAUAGUUCAGGUGGGCCAAAUAACUCUCUCAUUAAUAACAUCUCGCCUGCUGGAGUACACAAAAUGUUGACACAAGGCGGGGGCGGUUCACAAGGUUUCGGAGCGGUUUCGGCAGCCGGACGCAAUCUCCAACCUCAAUCACAACCCUCGACUCAACAAUUACGUAUGCUCGUACAACAAAUUCAGAUGGCCGUGCAAGCCGGUUAUCUCAAUCAUCAAAUUCUCAAUCAACCGCUAGCACCGCAAACUUUGAUUCUAUUGAAUCAAUUGUUGCAACAAAUCAAAACACUUCAACAGUUGAUGACUCAACAAUCGGUUGCACAGUCACAAUGUAUCAACGGGAAGCCAAACAGUGCAUUAUUGCAAUGUUCGGUGUUGAUUACGAAGACUAAGCAACAGAUAACAAAUUUGCAAAAUCAGAUUGCCGCACAACAAGCGAUUUAUGUAAAACAACAGAACCAUGGAAGUAUUGGAGGUGGACAGUCGGAUCUGUUCAAGGCGGCUGCACCGAUGCAUGACUCGAUCAAUGCCCUGCAGAGUAAUUUCGCUGAUUUAGGGAUUAAGGAUCAAGUGAAUCAGAGUCAAUCAAGACUUAACCAAUGGAUUAACAAGGAUAAAGAAGAAGGUGGAGAGUUUAGUCGUGCACCAGGUUCAUCGUCAAAACCUUUGGCUACCUCGCCUAAUAUGAAUCCAUUGGGGUUGACCCAACCCGAUGGUCCAUGGUCUAGUGGCCGAACUGGCGACGGAGGUUGGCCAGAAUCCGGCGGCGGUGAUACAACAAACGAUGGUAAAGACGCACAGUGGCCCACGCCUACUCAACCAUCCUUGUCUGAUUUAGUACCUGAAUUUGAACCUGGAAAACCCUGGAAGGGUAAUCAAAUAAAAUCGAUCGAAGACGAUCCCAGUAUUACUCCCGGUUCAGUAGUGCGUUCGUCACUCUCAAUCGCUACCAUAAAAGACACCGAACUUUUUCAAAUGAACCCGAAUAAUAAAAGCCCUCCAGCCGGUGAUACAAUACAGCCCCUAAGUCUCAGCUCGUCGACAUGGAGUUUCAAUCCGCCAGCUUCGACAUCGAGCGCGUUUACUAGUCCUCAGAAUAAAUUGCCGUCUGGAAAGAGUGGUUUAGGUGAAUUAAAUCCAACCACUGCUGUCACUUCUGAAUUAUGGGCAGCUCCAAAAAGUCGCGGCCCGCCUCCAGGCCUUUCCGCUAAAGGCGGAGCUUUGGUCAACGGCUGGUCGUCGGCAGCAUCGUGGAGCGGCGGCCAACGUGGCUCUGGGAGUUGGGGCGGGUCUCCAUGGCUUCUUCUCCGUAAUUUAACCGCUCAGAUUGACGGAUCGACUUUACGCACACUCUGUAUGCAACACGGUCCAUUGCAAAGUUUCCAUCUUUAUUUACAUCAAGGAUUCGCUCUUGCCAAAUACUCGACACGUGAAGAAGCUACAAAAGCUCAAACUGCCUUAAACAAUUGCGUGCUCGGUAACACUACGAUAUUGGCGGAAAAUCCGUCAGAAUGGGACGCCAAUGCUCUGUUGCAACAAGUUGCAAAUCAACAGAGUUCAUCGGGGGCGUGGAGAGGUUCCACCAAGCAACCUAGUACAGGUAGUGACACCUGGAGUACUGGUUGGUCAAACAGUCAAUCAACAGCUAGUCUAUGGGGAAGCACUACAUUGGAUACGACCGAUCCAGCACGUGCUACCCCUUCGAGCCUAAACUCAUUUCUUCCCGGCGACCUCCUCGGCGGUGAGUCAAUGUAAACAAAAAAUAAUAAUAAAAAACGACUGACACUGACUUCACAUUAUAUUGGGUGUUGAUGAUUUCGAUAAAUCUGAUGUUUUACAAUACGUUUUUAAAAUGAUUGAUUUUUUACUAGUGACUUGUAAGAUGUCGGAAAUCAGAAAUGUAUUAUUCCACUUUUAUUGUUAUUUGUAACUUUUAAUUUUACGACGGUUGUUGUUUUUAGGAUUGCUCUAUUAUUUUUGUCUCUUUAAGUUUCACAGAUGUACACAAGAACCAGUCGUGAAUAUCUUUUGUUUUAUUUUAAAUUGAGAUUAAAUAGAGUUGCCAUUUUUAUUAUUUAUUUAUUAUUUAAUUGAGAAAAAGAAGUAAUUGUGUAUGUUUGUGAUGCGCAAGAUUUGUUUGUAAAAGAGAAUUAGCAAAUAAAGUAUUAAAAUUUGAGAAAAAAUUGCAAAAAAAAUACGUCAACACUUGUUACUUAAAAUUUUAUUGUAACAUAAUUCCAAUUGUGACUGUGAGGCGGCGUUUUUCUUGUUUUCCACUGAUGGCGCUCAAGUUUCUAAACGCACUUAAUGUGACAUUUCAUUUUUAGACGUAACCCGAACUAGUCCCGAGCAAGGUUAAUUAUAUAUAUAUAUAUGAAACAAAAAUAUAUAAUAUAUAUGUACGCGACCAAACUCAUUAUUCGUGUAUUUAAAAACAAAAAAAUGAAAAGAAGAUUGAAUUAUUUAAGGUGUACUGUAUGUAUUUGAUUUGUUCUCUCACAUUUAGAUAUUUUUUUCCUAUAUUAACUAUUGUAUAUUAAUGUUGUUUUUAAUAAUUUAACGUACCUAAGUUGUUUGUAUGUGUUUGUUUCCCAGUGUGGUAUGUCCGUUCUUUACACAGGUCUUGGGCAUGUGGCAUUUGUUUUUCCGGUUAUCUCAAUUAACGAUCAAUUUAAACGACGGUGAUUGGUGUGAAAGUAAGAUGUGUGUAAAGAAGGUGCUGUUAAUUUGUUAACCCCACAAAACCUGUGAUCUCCAAUUCCUUAUAUCAAAAAAUACACAUACAAAUUAAUCAUUUAUGUAAUAUUGUUAUGAAUUAAGCCGGUCGUGAAUAGACCGUAAGCUGAAAUAACACCACACAAUCAGUUCUUAGACUGCACGCUAUAAGUAUUCUUAAAUAAAUUUAGUAAUAAACACAAUAUAAUAAUAGCGGAUAAUAUAUAUCGUUCUAAUUAUAAAAGUUUAUUAUAUACCUAUAUAUUACUGUAUUCUGUGUACUGUAUGUAUGUUAGCCAUAGACUUGGAUAUGUUGUAAUAUUAGUCCAUUUACUGUGAUUUUUUGUUUCGGAUCGGUCACCCGAACGGUUCGCUCGUUGGAAGCGUCACCUUUCGGAGCCAAAAUGAAACAUGUUCAAUCACAUAUUGUGUUAACGUGGUGUUCAUGAGAUAUUGAUUCAUCUAUAGCUAACAGUAUGAAUGGUGACGGAUGAGCCAUUCUGAGUCUCGAGACGGCGAGUGGUGCCCUCUUUCCGACCUUCGCACCAUCAAAAUUUUGACUCACAUUCUAGUCCGACAUUUCUUUUAUUUAUUAUUCUAUUUAUAGUGAACGUAUUAUUGUCCAGCAAUGUUACCUUAACUGAACUCUAGUGAAAUUAAACAAAAGAGAAGACUGAAACAAAAAAAAAACAUUUUAAGAUCUUUAAUGACAAGUGCAUUUAUUUAAUGGACGUGAUAAAUACGAGAGAUCGGCAAGAGGGUGCUACUGUCGGUACUCAAAUCUCUGAUAUACUUCACUUAAAUUGCUCCAAACACCGGAAUGUUCCGGGUUUGCUCGGAACAUUUCGGCAUGGUUCACUUUAGAUAUCUUUACAGGUUCGAUGCAUUGACUAACAUAUGUUUUUUAUGUACACAACUGUGCUGUGACUCUUAAGUGGCUUUUUAAUUUUUAAAAAUAAUUGAAAAAACCCAAAAAAAAAUCGUUUUGUUCAAGAGAGCUCUUGAUUUAAAAGCUUCGGUUAGCUUUUAAACGGUUAUUUAUCAUUAAUCAAGUCGGUCAUGUCCCGGUUUUAUUCGAUUCGAUUAAACUAAGUCAUAUCGUAAACAAUAAUAUUAAAAAGGAAAGAAAAUGCAGGAACAAUUAAGUCAGGGUUUUUAUUUCGUUGUUGAUUUUUCGUGGGGAUCGGGGUGACUUGAUAAAUGGUUCAUGACUAGAUAAAUGGUGCAAAAAUUGGGCUACUUUUCGGGAGGUGCGAUUUCACUUGCUUUAAUUUAUAUAAAACUUGAGAAAUGAAAAGACGCUUUAUUUGGACCUCUCGGACGAGCCUAUACGUUGUAAGUUCCAAUAGAAUUUCUAAAAAAAAUCUAGUAUCUUAUUGCCAAUUUAGUAUAAUGAAUGUAUUAGAAGUUAGGUAUUACGAUAUUAAUUAGAAUUAAGAGUUUGGUAGUAGGGUAUUCUUUCAUGUUGUGUAUUAUAAAUAUUUGACAACCGACUCUGAAUGUUACAGACAGGAGAAUUUUUCGCAACAGUCGUUAAAUGAUGUACCCAUCUCCUCGAAAAACACUUUUUUUAACCUAGGUGUGUAAAAAUUUUGAAACCGAAAUGCCAUAAAUCAAGUCAGAAAAUGUAAGGCAAUGAUGGUGGUACAAGUCAACUAAAUUAGACUAAAGUAAUACUUAUAGUAUAAUAAUGUACCAAAAGCUAUAGAGAAUUGUUUUUAUUUUUAUUUAACCAGUUGAAUAGGGUAUUUUUGAAUGAACGUAGUGAUAAGUUUUAAAAAAUUUUGGAAAAAAAACGGCAAAAAAAUAACGCCCGAGUCGUAUUGUGAUUUACUUACUUUAUAUCGAGUGUGCAUUAACGCGAAACCGUGUCCGCGGUUUUUUCAAAUAUUCUGUGUCUGAUAUUGUGUACCUUCAGAAAAGUAGUUUUAGUGUUGUUUAUUUAAUACAUGGAAAAAUGACAAAAAAAACAUAGGUUAAGCUCAGCUUAAGAUCAUACGGUAGACUAGGUUUCUGCACAAUAACAUUGAACUAACCUGUGGCCAUUCAGGCUGUCACGUGACCGGUAUUUCCGGCCUCACACGAUUCAACCAAAUUGACACACAUUACACACACGGAUCUACUUACAUGUAAAACGCCAAUCGAAAAAUUGAAAUCAGUCACAAGAAAUGUGUAGAAGGAAAGAAGUAUUUGAUUUAGGUUUACAGUAUUUGUGAUCAAAGUGCCACUUGUGUUUCAAGUAUAUAUUUAAUCAUUGUCGCCACUGAAACUAUAUAUCUUAUAUAUUAAUUAAAGAAUAUAUUAUAUGAACAUUAUAUGGUAAAACAUAGACGGCAUAUCUGCCUUAGUGUAGGGUAAAAUUUUUUGGUGUUCGGUAGCUGUAAGGAUGUUUAUUGAGCUUAAUAAUUCCCGGAUCGGGGCGGUUAUAACCGGAGUUCAAUUAAGAGGAAAAAAAAUCAUUUCGCACCGCCCGGAUCGACAAAAAAGAACCGGAAAACUUGAGGCGUUGGCAAUAUAUAAACAUAUAUUAUAGUAACGUUUUAUCCAGGUGGCUGUUUGUUAUUAAUUGUGUAUUUAUUAAGACUUACGAAAUGCCAAAGUUUUAUUGUAAAUGUGUCGAUGCAAAAUUUGGAAUGUUUCUCCCCUUUUUAAUACUCACAAGUUCACACACUACUAACGACUUGUGAGUUUUUGUUUGAGCCAUAUCAAUAACAUAUUAAAUAAAAAAAAAAUGCCAACGUGAUGAGACAUUCAUGAGGUUAGUAACAAAUUUAGUUUUGACGAUGACAUUCCUCUAUUGCAACAUUCACAAGGUCACACGAAGUCUGCCAAAAAAGAAAAAAAAUAUUUUUGAAAAACAGAUCGGCAAUAAUAGUCAAAAUUUUCAAAUUAUGGCCAGUAAUCUUGUUGUUGAAUCACACGUAAUGUUCAUCACGCUUUUCGCUUGUAGGUUUCAUAGUCGCGAUGUUCACCAUAUUUGAUAAUACCAAACGAUGUGCCUCUUUGACUUAUUGUUAUUUAUACACGACGAGCACGUGACCUGCCCGGUCUCGAAUUUUUCCCGUAAAAAAUUCAUAUAAAUGUCUUAACAGACCUGAGCUUCAAUAAUUAAUAAGAUUUGAACGAAACAAAAGGUAUUCGGGCGAUUUUGAUUUUGAUUUGAGAGUCGUUUUGUGAUAGUUUGAGGUGGUGUCAGGAGUAACAAUUGACGAUUGCGUGGACAAAAAAAUAAAACAAUUAAAUGUCUGAUCUAAGUCGUAAUGGUUGGUGGGUAUAAAUAAGUUAGUUUUACUUAACAAAAAAAAACUCGUUACUUAAGCGUAGACAAGGCAGCAUUUAGUCAAUAACUUAGUAUUACAUUAUAGUUGUGACGUCACAACGUGCAAUACUUUUCCUUUUUCCAAGUAUUAUUUUACCGUACGCUUUCGUUUCUAGUGGAUAUAUUAUUUUUUUUAAUUUUAAUAAGUGCAGUCUCUUUGAUCGGAUACUCGUUUUUGUUUUGUUUUUUGUUUAACUUUUUGCUGCACGCAUCUUGCCAUCCCGUUGAUGAUUAUUUCACUGAAUACCAAAGACGUCGAAGUGUCAUAUCGAUCAUUUUGUGUUUAAUUUAAAUUUCUUUCGUCUAGAAUUUCCGCCAAAAUCUUCCAGCUGAGGUUGUGAUAGUGUCGUAGUGUUUUAAUGCUUUUUAUUAUUUUUUAGUUUUAGGUACCUUGACCCGAAUUUGACCCUAUUCGUGGCCAUUUUCCGGACUUUUGUUUUUUUAUUUUUUAAUGAUAGGAGCCAAAUUUAGUGUUAGCACAAUGAUGAAACUCUUACAAGUGCCUAUUUAAUGUGCAAUUGAUCUUGGGCCUGACUUUUCGACAGGGUUUUACUAAUAUAUAGGGCGAUUCAAAUGAUUGUGUAUAUUUCCAAUUUUCAAAGGUCAUAGCCCCACUGUACAAAUUCACAAGAAUAGUAAAACAAUUUAGCCCUACUAUUGAAAUGAAGUUGAAGUUACAUAAUGUGUUUUUUGAUUGUUUGCAUAAAAUCGAUAUCGAUGUCUGGUGUGACCUGCGCAAACGUUUUGUUGUGUUGUUAUUUUAUUGGGUUUGUGUUUUGUUUUUGAAAUGGGGGACGUUUGUGAGGGUCGUGCGGGACGUCGACUGUUAUUUAGUUGACGAUCUCGGUGAGAGAUUAAGCUAGCUGGAACUGCCAACUGUAAAAAGAUAAAUGAACUUAUGUAUGUCCUAUUUAAUCAGAGUUUUACUCGUACGUAGGUUUAAUAAUGUAACAUAUGCUGUGUUUGAGCUACUAAUCGACACUAGGGGUUUCCCGAGCACAGCCUGACGGUGAGUCGCCUGGUGUGCGCUAGGUGUAGGUAGUUUGUGGGGUAGUAGAUGAUCGUUAGGCCCUCUUUCUCAGGUUUAGAAAUAUCGUCACUGUUUUUUCUUAGGCUGUAGUAAAUAAAAACGUACUGUUAAGCAAACAUAACAUUCCGUUGAUUUCCAAAUUGACAAAAUUUCAUUUUUCGUUCACAUUUCGGAUCGAAUUUGUAUAAAGAAUCAAAAAAACGAUUUGCCUUAACAAUGACAAAAGUGUGCUCUCUGUCUAGUUUCUAACGUUUUUUUUURCCUAGGAUAUUAUUAUUAUAGGUUUAGGGUAUCGGGUUAAAGCCAUUCGAUGGCCAGAAGACUGUAGGAAUACCAGGUGAUUAAAGCGAUUCUCCGGCAUCAAAUUCCGGGAUCGCUUUAACGAUUCGAAAAAUAUAACUUAAGACUUUUGCACAGGUUAAGUAUAAAAAAAACAAAAUAAAUUUUUGAGAGAACACUCGGUCCAUAUUCAAAAGGUGCUCUUAUUGUUAUUGAAAGCUUUAUUUCGUAUGUGUGAAUCUCCCUGCAAUAGCCGUUUGUCACAUAAACGAUACAAAAAUCAAUUUCUCUCUCUCGUUCAGUUUCAAAUUAACGUCCGUACCAAAAACAAGACCCAAAUUUUUUACUUGAAACGUGCCAAAAUUUUGCUUAGAAACUUUUGCUCACGGCGGUCGCGCGGACUAAUCCGCGAACCGUAUACGCUUACCUGCUGUGUAUAUUAACUUAUAUUUAAAAGAAAAAUGAAUGCAAUAUAUAAUGUGUAUAUAUUGGCUGAAAAACUGUACAAUUGUUAUAAUUUCAUAGUAUAUAAUGUAUAAUGAAUUACUUAAUUAUAGGAUUAGGAAAUGUGUUAUUAUAUAUGUAAGGUAACAUAGUAUUACGGAUUUAUAAAAAAUGAAAAAUGACCGGUCGCUGAUUUUUACUCCAUUGACACCACCACUGACACGUGACGAGACGACGAUGUUCGUUUGUUUUUUAUUUCUAGCCUCUGAUUUGUUUAUUGUGUGACUCGAGUAGUCACCACCGCCACAUUUUUGUUUUUUUUUUGUUCUCAGUUAGGUUAGGUUAUGGGUUAAUCGGUUAAGACUAUUAUUAAGUGUGUUCAUUUGUAGUUUAUAAUUUUUUGCAACAGUUAAUCUCAAAAGUUUUAAUUGUCGUUUUCUGUUUCGAUUAAAUUUUGUUACCAAAUAGCAUCACAUGACGAUUUUGAUUGAUUUUAGAGAAAAAUAAUAAUGGCCUAAACAAGUUCCCUCCUCUAAACUUCUAGUCCAACAUAAUGCCUGAACAGUUAUUCCAUUCUUGUAGCAUUUUUUUUUAAUAAUAAUAAUUUAUUAUGUAAUGUUGAGUUUGUUGUUGAAAAGUAGUGCAAGUUUCGUGAAUUUGAACAAUCACAAAGUACUAAUAGCAAUCGUUGAGCGUGUUAUGAUUUGGCGUUAUUUAGAUUAAUUGAUGAAUAUAAAAGCCUUCCAAUCUUCCAAGAGUGCAAGAGAGUUCCUUUAAUUUUUAGCGACUCGCUUCGACGACUGAGUCUUUAACAAAACGUAUACCUGCACCUUAUUAUGGUUGUGUUAUUUAAAGUAGAUGAUUUAUUUUUUGUUCUGUAAGAGCUGUAAUUAGUACUAAGGUAGUAGUUAUUCGAAUAAGGCAAUAUUUAAAUUUAUUUUUCUGUUGACCGUUUAAAAAUAUGUGAUAUGCUGACAAUUUUAUAAUACAAAUUAUCGCAUCUGAGGUACCUUAUCUAACAUCACUAUCGUUCGUAGUAGAAGAAAAAUUUAAAAGAGCAAAAACGUAAUUUCAUUGUGACAAUGUAUAUCGAAAAAGCAACACUCCUCACACCACGCAUCGAUCAGUGUGCCCCCUCGGGCGGCGGUAUCAACGAUGUACAUUCUCAUCGUCGCUGUACAAAUCGACACUAUAGGCUUAAUGCGUCUUUCAGACAUUUAUAACGGUCUUUUAUCCAUUUAAAAUUCGGACAACGGUAGUUGUGCGGUCGGCUAGGUCUGAUCUGGUUAAGUUCUUCAUUAAAAAAGACAAGGAGAAUAAAUUGAAGAAAAAAAACGUGUGAAUCUCUAACAAGUCGACGACAUUAGUUUCAUGUCCGAUAUUGGGAGGGUAAACUCAGGGACCAGGCCAAAAUGUCACGGUGAUAUCAAAUAAACUUAGACAAAAUUAAGAAAAUCAAAUCUGAUGUGUACUACACCCCCAAAUAAUAACGUAUAAUACAUUUCAAUAAGAUAAUUAUUUAAUAAGAACUCAAUUGUAUGUUGUAGGAACAAAAAUUUAAAAAAAAAACUGUAUAAACGUUACUAAAAACGACAAAAAAAAGUCAUAAACCCGACUGCACUGUUUCUUUAUGAUGUAUUAUUCUAAAUUUUGAUGGUUAUUUUGAUGCCUAUACGAGUCCAAUCAUGUGUCUACCACAAAACUAUGCAGUGCAGCAGGGCACCUAGGUUAAGGUAGGUUAUGUAAGUGCUUUUAAACAACUUACAAGUUGUUAUGCUCUGUACUUGUAACCCAAUUGACCAGUAUGCAUUCAGUAAUAAAGGUUGUCUUAAAUGUA